AAUCAAGAAAAUUAGCAGAAUGCUUUAAAAUACUAUUUUUAAAGAUAAUCUAAUGCUUUUUGUUAAACUAUCGAUUUGAUAAAUCGAAUCGAAUUGAAUGUUAUGUGUAUUAUGUAUCACAGGCGUAGGUUAUAUGUAUUUUCUAAGUGACAUUUAGUGAUAGCUCUAUUUUCAUUUCACAUUAAUAAAGAUUUAUUUUUGUAAACAUCUCUAUUAUUUAUCUUUCACAAUCUAAAUGGAAACUAAACCAAAAAGUGAACAUCUACUAGAAUUGAAAGUAAUGAGAUUAACACGACCUAUGCUUGCAAGUCCAGUAGUUAUUACUUGUGAUUCAACAGAUCUUCCUGGUAAUACUUUAAAUAAUGAGCUUAAGAAUGAUUGUACUGCAUUACAAGGAAUGGAGACCCUUGCAGUAGGACAGUUUAUGGUAUUACCACAAAGUUUUGGUAACAUUUAUUUAGGUGAAAUAUUUUCAAGUUAUCUUUGUGUACAUAACGGCAGUAAUCAGAUCGUAAAGAAUGUUACUGUUAAAGCAGAUUUACAAACAAGCACACAGAAUAUAUCUCUUUGUGGUAAUAGUGGAGAAAUGAAAGAUUUAGCACCUGACAGUACAGUUGAUGAAGUUAUACACCACGAAGUAAAAGAAAUAGGCACACAUAUAUUAGUAUGUGAAGUAACUUAUACCCCAGGAAAUUUAGGUAGCACUGCACAAUCAUUUAGAAAAUAUUUUAAAUUUCAAGUGGUAAAACCAUUAGAUGUUAAAACAAAAUUUUACAAUGCAGAGUCAGAUGAAGUAUAUCUGGAAGCACAAAUACAGAAUCUCACAGCUGGCCCAAUUUGUUUAGAAAAGGUUUCGCUUGAAUCAUCUCAUUUAUUUAGUGUAUCAACGUUAAAUACAAAUGAAAAAGGAGAAUCUAUUUAUGGAUUAGUUAAUAUAUUAGAUACUGAUUGUAGUAGACAAUAUUUAUAUUGUUUAAAACCACAAUUGAGUUUAUUGAAAGAUCCAAAAAUGAUGCAUAAUGCAACAAACAUUGGAAAGUUAGAUAUUGUUUGGAGAAGUAACUUGGGAGAAAGAGGAAGAUUACAAACAAGUCAAUUACAAAGAAUGGCACCUGAAUUUGGUGAUAUACGAGUUACAAUGAAAAAUAUUCCUCUCACAGUUUACCUUGAACAAUCAGUAAAUUUUAAUUGUCAUAUAAUAAAUACGUCUGAAAGAAGCAUGGAUUUAAUGUUAAGUUUGGAAUCAAGUAACUCUAUAGCAUGGUGUGGAAUAUCUAAUACAAUGAUAGGAACAUUGAAACCUGGUAUUUCGAUAGAUAUUCCUUUAUGUUUAAUUCCCUUACGUAGUGGUAUAAUAACAAUUUCGGGAUUAAAAUUAACGGAUACCUUUUUGAAGAGGGUAUAUGAUUAUGAUGACUUGGCACAAAUAUUUGUUAGCCAAACAGACUAGUCAAAAGGUUAAGUAGUUAGUAAAAUUACGUUCAUUAACCUAAUAUAUUUUACUAAAUAAAUAGAUGUUUAUUAAUAUAUUAAGGAAUACCAAUAUGGAAAGGAGAAAAAUAAGAAGGACAAUGAUUUUUAUAAAAUAAAUUCUUUAAAAAUAAGCAUCUAUUGUAGACAUUUUUUCAGUUUCACUCAUCGCUCCUACAGCACAAGCAAGUAAAGUUUGAACAUCUUGAGGUUCGUUACCGCCAAAAAUAUAACCAUUAGCCUUAUCCACUGCAUUUUUUACUUGUAAUAACAAUGUUUGAUUAGAAAUAUCUAAUGGUAUAAAGCUAACAAGACUAUAAUCUUCUAUGAGUGAUACAAAUGCUGCAUUUAAUUUUUUGUAUCUAUAAAUGUAAAAUAUUUCAAAUUUUAUACUUGGAUUGAUUCAUAGAAAUUUAUUGAAAAUAAUAAAAUUCAAUAGAAAAUCUUACUUUGAUGUAAAAGGGCCUUCAUCCAAUUUAUCUAGCAAAUAGUUUAAAUCCAAUACUUCUGUAUAAAAAUCUAUAUUAAAAUCUAGGCAGUGACUAAAUUUUUUCAUUUCAUCAAAUUUGGUCAUCACAUUAACAUGAGGUAAACCCAAUUUUAACAUGGUUGUUGUGCAAAGAAUUAAAGAAGAUAAGUAUUUACCUAUAAUAAAAAAAAGUUAUAUAAUAUCUUUUUUAAUUACAAGUCUGUCAAAUUUUGGUGUAUUAUAUAUGGAAAUUACCAGCAUCGCUGCAAUGAUGAGAAUCAACAAGGUGUACACUGCAUAAUCUUACUAAAUUUUGUCCUAAUUUUUCGGCAAUUACACUAACUGAAUUGUGAUGUGUAUAUAACUCAACCUAUUAAUAAACAUGAAUACAACAUGUAA